AGGUUAGGAGGGAGGUGCGCCACCUCCACCGUCUUCCCGCGCCCGCUUCUCCAGGUAUUAGUGUAUACACGGACGCUGGAGUGGAGAGAGCUUGCAGCUGCUUUGUUAUUUCUUCUCCCGUCUUAAAAAAAAGUUGUGUGCAGUUUUUUCGAUUCGACGACUUGUAUAUUUUACCGACUGUCUCAAGUUUUGUUUGGUGUGUGUCUGUGUGUGUCAACUCGCAUCAUGCAACAUUGAUCGGAUAUAUUUCACUUUGUCGACAGACAAGAAGAAGAAGAAUCCUUUUUUUAUUUUCCAGGUGCAAGAUUUGUCUUGUCACGACCGCCUUCUUCUUCCUUCUUCUUCUUCUUCUUCUUUCUGUUUGUUGAUUGGAAGUUGAAAUUAAAAAAAUUAAAAAGAGGCGGGGCUAGUCCUCCUCCAUCAAGUGAGAGUGUCGUUUGGGUUGUUGUUGUUGGUUUUUGGCGAACCGAAAGAUUUUAAAAAAGAAAAGAAAAAUCAAACAAAAAGUGUCGGUUUGCGGUGUGAGUGGAACAAUGGAAGUGGAACAGUUGGAACGUUCGUCGACGACGGCCGGCGGCCGGGUGUUUUACCGGCCAGCCUCCCGUAAUCGAAUCAACAGUAUGGAAGGUGUGGUGAUUAGUAGUGAGCCUCCUCCGCAACAACAACAACAACAACAGCAGCAGCAGAGAAUCCGGCUGGCCUCGUCGGUCCUCUCGGUUGCCACCAUCAUCAAAACGGAGCCGCGCUCCACCUCCGACUCGCCCACCACGCAACAACAACAACAACUGCACAACAACUCUUCUUCUUGUUCUUCUCCUUCUCCGUCCUCGGCUAGUUCGAUCCGUCGAUCACGCUCCCGCAUCAGUACCGGGGGAGGCAGCCCAUUGGGUAGUUCACCUUCUCCGACGUCGCCCUCGGCCGCAAUGCACCCGAUCUCCAUGUCGUUGCUCCACUCGUCUUCUCCGUCGUCUUCGCAUCCGCACCAUCCGCACCACUCGUUUUACGGCGGAGCGACGACGCCCACCUUGGGGGCGUCGACCAGCGGCUCCGUCCACUCGCCGAGUCCGUUGAAGCGCUCCCGACACAACCACAUCAUCAUCAACAACAACAACAACAGCAACAACAGCAGUAGCGCCAUGGAGGAAUGGUUGCCAUCGCCUGGGCAAAUGUCGGUCGACUCGAUGUCACCGCCGCCUCCGCCCAGCAGCUCCUCCAUGUCGAUGAGGGGAGCCAACGACGGGCUGCUGAUGCUGGACGGCCAAUCGCAACAACAACAACAGCAACAACAGCAGCAACUACUAUUACAACAACGGGGGUCCACCUUGCCGCCUUCGGUCAUCUCAUCGUCCAACGGCUACUCGCCGUCGCCCAUGUCGACGGGCAGCUACGAGCCGCCAUUCAGUCCGGGCGGAGGCGGCGGAGGCAAAUUGGGUCGAGAAGAUUUGUCGCCGCCGGGCAGCGUCAAUGGCGGUGGCGGUUACUCGGUUGACAGUUUUGCCGAUGCCAAGAAGAAGAAAGGUCCCGUACCGCGACAACAGGAGGAAUUGUGUCUGGUCUGCGGUGAUCGAGCUUCCGGUUACCACUACAACGCCCUCACCUGUGAAGGAUGCAAAGGAUUCUUCCGGCGGAGUAUCACGAAAAAUGCAGUGUACCAGUGCAAGUACGGCAACGGCUGCGACAUUGACAUGUACAUGAGGCGAAAGUGCCAAGAGUGCCGACUGAAAAAGUGCCUGACGGUUGGCAUGCGACCGGAAUGUGUCGUUCCAGAGUACCAGUGCGCCGUCAAAAGGGAAGCCAAGAAAGCGCAAAAGGAAAAGGACCGGCCCAAUUCCAGUUCGCUGGGAUCGCCCGACAUGAAAGAGCCUGAAAUCAAGGCCAUCCACCACCAGCAACAGCAGCAGCAGCAACAACAACAACAGCAGCAACAACAAUUGCAGCAGCAGCAGCAGUUACAACAACAGCAGCAGCAACACAUUCACGUGUUGGAUGAGAAGCCCAUGGUGGUUUGCGGCACCGCCAACGGAGGUGUUGGCAACGGGUUGGCCGUCAAACCCCUCAGUCCCGAGCAGGAGGAGCUCAUCAAUCGGCUCGUCUAUUUCCAGGAAGAAUUUGAUCAACCGUCCGAAGAGGAUCUGAGAAAGAUUUCCACGUCGGGCAUUCACGAAUCGGACGCCGACGCCAAAUUCAAACACAUAACGGAGAUGACGAUCCUGACUGUGCAGCUGACGGUCGAGUUUUCCAAGCGGCUGCCGGGCUUCGACACGCUCCUGCGCGAGGAUCAGAUCACGUUGCUCAAGGCGUGCUCGAGCGAGGUGAUGAUGCUGCGCUGCGCCCGACGCUACGACGCCAACACGGACUCGAUCGUCUUCGCCAACAACCUGCCCUACACGCGCGAGUCGUACAACAUGGCCGGAGUCGGAGACACGGCCGAGCCGCUCUUCCGCUUCGGCAAGAGCAUGUCGCAGAUGAAAGUCGACAAUGCCGAGUACGCCCUUCUCACGGCCAUCGUCAUCUUCUCUGAACGACCGGGAUUGGUGGAGGCGAGAAAAGUGGAAAAGAUUCAGGAGAUUUACCUCGAAGCGCUUCAGGCUUACGUGAUGAACCACCGGGUGCGGCCGAUGACGGAGUUCGCCAAGCUCCUGUCGGUGCUAACCGAGUUGCGCACGCUCGGCAACCUCAACUCUGAGAUGUGCUUUUCUCUCAAGCUCAAAAACAAGAAACUGCCGCCCUUCCUCGCCGAAAUCUGGGACGUUCAUUCGUGAAAACGAUCUCCUCUCUAUCCCCACCCCCUACCAACCCUCUUCGCAUCGUGUCCUCUUCGCUUCCGCCUCACUUGAAAAAAAAGCCCCGACCCAGGCGCACAAACAAAUUAACGACUCGCACAGAAAACUUACCAGACAAAAAUGUCAAACCCCGCCCCAUAUAUAUAUAUAUAUACAUACAAAUUUUGUUUCUUUUUUGGUUGUCUUGGCCCUUGAGAUCUCUCUCUCUCUUUUUCCCUUAAUAUUUUUUUUUGGGGGGGGGGAAUUAAUAUUUUUUUCAUUUAAUUAGAUCCUUGGGGGAGAGGGCUGGGCAAUUGGUGCGAUCGAUAAUAUUAUUAUUUUUUUCCUGUUGGAAUUUGAGAGAAAAUCAGUACCUGAGAGAGACGCGCAAUCUCUCUUGGCGCGUUAUUAGAUCGUGUGAGAAAGAGAGAGAGUCUUAACAGAAUAGAAAAAAGGAAAAUCCAUUUUUAUGAAAUUUAGAAGAAAAAAAUUGGAAUUGUGUAAUCAUUUGUUAUCGCGAAAUUAACUUUUUUUCACUUCUAAUUGGGUUGUGAGAUUUUUUUUAAAAUGGCCGAUUAGCUAAAAAAAAUCUACUUUAAACGAGGCGAAUUUUUUUUUUAAAUUUGAUUGGAUGUAACGGACAAUUCAAAAGCAUGGGGUUGUGAAUCUUUUUCUUGUUAUUUUUGCGCGUAGAUAAAAAAGAAGAUGGUGUCAAUCCAAAAACGAAUUUUUGUUUGAGAAAGAAAAAUAUUUAUCGAAUGUUGUACAGAGAAAAACUUGGUAAUUUAUCGGCGCUAGAAAUUGGGAGAGUGAAAAACAAAAAUAACCAAGGCCAAGAAGAAUUCAGAAAAAAUCGAUCCAUCGCGGUACUAUUAUUAAAAUAAAAAUUCGUGAGAAAUUAAUUUCGUUCGUGAAAACCAGAAAAAACACAUUUUUCGAUCCGCUUUUUCCAAUUUUUUCUCUCUCUCUGUUGAAAAAGUCAACUCUAAAAAAAAAAGAAAUUCAAAAGAGACGUUCGUGACCGACAUGUACACCGACCGAGUUAACGAGCGUGGACCAUUUUUAUAUAUUUUUCUACACGAAAAAACCAAAAUUACAAAAAAAAAAAAAAAUUAAUAGAAAUGAUGUAAACGUGGAAAAAGUUGCGCGUCAAACAAUUGUUCAUCGUUAUUCACCAAUUCGACAUCUUGCCGUGCUAUUUGUUGUAACAUAAAAACAAUUUUGUUUUGUUUCCUUUCCCUCAAUAUCUAUCAGUUGUUUUUUUUUCCUUUUUCACCUUUACUUACGACAAAAAACUGUGAACGCCAUUGUCCUCACCCGUUUCAUUUUUUUGGAAUCCACACACACAUACACACACAAAGGGAGGGGAAAAAAUCAAUUCUUUUUUAAUUCAUAAUUUUUUUUUUGCUAUUUUUGUCCGGUUGAUUUAAUUAAUUAUUCCGUCUUUAAUUUUGACAGUGUUUUCUUUUCUCCCCCACACAAAACAACAAGAUACCACCUAACUAUUUUUUCUCUAUUUUUUUUAAAUCAUGUGGUGUGUUAUUAUAUAACCCUCCUUCUUUCCUCUGUGUCUCGAAUCAGUUUUGUUUCUAUCUGGACUUUUGUGCAUAAAUUUACAAAAAGAUGCAAAAUCGAAUUGUUUUUUAUUUGUUUGUUUUACUUUUGAAGAGGUUCGUUUCUGUUGUAAGAGACUUGAAGAGCCUUUUUAAUUUGUAUUUCUUUUUUUCUUAUUUCUUUAAAAAAAAUUCGAUUUUUGAAACGAUUUUUUCCAUCGAAAUUUUGAAUUUUUUGGUUUUUCAAUUGAAAAACAAAAAAUGACAAGUUUUGCCUUUUUGGUGUGUGUUAUGAUUAUUACACGGCGCUGCUUUCUCCUAUUUUAUAUAUAAAAUGCACACACACGCGACCUUUUUUUUAAAUUAUAUGUAUACAUAUAAAUAUAUUCAUCCGGAAGUGCUCUAUAUUAUUACAAUGAUUCACAAUAACUAAAAAAACAAAACAAAAAAACAAUUAAAUAAAAUGUGUAUGCCGGCGUGUUGAUUGUGUUCCCCCUAUUACACCCUCACUUUUUUUGAUAAAAUAAUUCUUGUGGAAAAAAAAAAGAUUUUUCAAAAAACGACAAACAUUUUUUGAAUUACACAAAAAAAAUUAAUUCGCGAAGAUAAUUGCGAUGGCGCCUCGGUGUGUGUCCAUGUCUAAUUCGCUCCAUGAAAUAAUUACGUGUGUUUGUCAAGUAUGUAAACUACUUGUGUGUGGUCUGUGGUGUAAAAAACAAAUUCUGUUGUUGUUUCUUUUGA